UAAAAGGAACCAACAAAGCAACCAGACCCCCACCAUUUGUAUAGAAACUGAGAGAAAGAAAAAGGAGAGAGAAAGAGCUACUGGGUUUUUUUGUUCUUGUACUAUAAGUUUUUUGAAGAUAUAUUCAAGAAAAGAGAUCUCUUGAAAGAAAGAGAGAGAUGGGAAGAGCUCCUUGCUGUGAUAAGGCAAAUGUGAAGAAGGGUCCUUGGUCACCAGAAGAAGACUCAAAGCUUAAAGAUUACAUAGAAAAGUAUGGAACUGGUGGUAAUUGGAUUGCUCUCCCUCAAAAAGCUGGUUUGAAGAGAUGUGGGAAAAGUUGCAGAUUAAGAUGGUUAAACUAUCUAAGGCCUAACAUUAAACAUGGUGAAUUUUCUGAUGAGGAAGAUAGGAUAAUCUGCACUCUAUUUGCUAGCAUUGGAAGCAGAUGGUCAAUAAUAGCUGCUCAGUUACCAGGAAGGACUGAUAAUGACAUAAAAAACUACUGGAAUACUAAACUUAAGAAAAAGCUCAUGGCCAUAUCUCCUCACCAGAAAAAAGCCUUACCAUUUCAAUCUCAACCAUUAAUAUCAUCAUCAUCUCAGUCUCUUUUAUCUCUUUAUAAUAAUAAAGACUCUUCCUUUACUUCUAAUUACCCUUUUUGCUCUAUUAAUAAACCUUUUAAUGCCAGCUUUGAUCCUAUUUCACCAAUCCCACCAAAUCUUAAUUACCAAACCCAGGAAAGCUUACUGAGUACUAAUCAUCAUCACCCUUUGCAAUAUUAUCAUCCAGUAAAAGACAACAAUAACAAUAAUUUAUUAGUUUUUGGAAGUGAAGCAAGUUGCAGUUCUAAUUCUGAUGGAAGUUGCAGUCAGAUCAGCUAUGGUGGAAGAGACAUUAAACAAGAAGAAAUGGGACUUCAAAGCUUGAUCUCAAAUGGGUAUGAAGAAAAUCAAAAGUUUAUGUUAAGUUAUAACAAUGGAAGUGAAAAUCUGAAUCAAUGGGCAGAAAAGGCAAGUGGGUAUUUUGGAGAAAUUACUACUACUAAUCCAUUGGAGUAUGAUCUUGAAGAUGUCAAGCAACUGAUUAGUAGCAGUAGUGGUAGUAACAACAGUAACUAUAACAACUUGUUGAUUGAUGAAAGCAAGACACGAGAGAAGUUCAUGUACUACUAUUGAAAUGGUGAGAAAAAGAAAAGUUUAAUAUUACUAUUAUAUUAGUGAAUGAUUUUUAUGUAUAUGGACUUGUUCUUCUGACUGUAAGUAAAAUCAAGAAAGAUUUGAUGGGGUAAGGUGGAGAGAUUUCAGAUAAGGGAGAGUUUGGAGUUGUUUAUGGGAGUCUGUGUUGUUUUCUGAUGAUCAAAUAUGAAAAAACAUUUCUUCUUUUGACAGUACAUGAGUUUGUAAAAAGCUCCUUUUAUUUUUGUGCAUA